CUCUUGACGAAAUUAUUCCAAAGCGCCGUGUCAUUGGUAUUUCAGACACACAAGUCCGACAAGGAGCCCCCUUCUUAUCUUCUCCGAUUUACAUACGAUAAUGGCGAUCGAAAGGAUUGGUAGUGCCACUCUAUAUUCUUUGAUUUUGUUAUUGGCUCUUCUUCAAGUAGAAUCUGUUCAUGGACGGCCUUUCCUACUGUCUGCCCCCAGACCUUCGCCGGAAGAUGCUGCCGCCUUUGCUCGGUGGUUAGUUUCCCAGAGUUCGUGGGGUGUCCUCAAUACAAUUGCAAGUGAUUUAGGAGGAGCACCUUUUGGGAACGUUGUAUCAUUUAGCGAUGGACCACCUGACAAGAGUAGUGGAACUCCAUACUUCUAUUUAACGACCCUUGAUCCCACUGCAGAUUAUGGAUUGAAAGACUCAAGGUCGUCCUUCACGAUCAGUGAAUAUCCCCUUGGAACUUGUGGGGAUAAAGAUCCCGAGAAUCCUACCUGCUCUAAAAUCACGCUGACAGGAAAGUUCAAAUUGCUUGAUGGAAAUCCAGAGGAAACCCAAUUUGCUCAAACUGCAUUGUUCACAAAGCACCCUGAGAUGACAGGCUGGCCAGAGAAUCACAAUUUCCAAAUCUUCAAACUAGAAAUUGAAGAGAUAUUUCUCAUCAAUUGGUAUGGUGGCCCUAAACCCCUUACAGUUGAUCAGUACCUGCGAAGCCAAAUUCCAAAUUCAAAACCGGACAAAAUGGUUUCUUUCAAACGUUUGAUAUCAACAUCUGUCAACUUCUUGUCAUGGCUGAAUCAAAGCCUUUAAUGCAAGCUAUGGUGUGAAGAUAAUUGGCUUCUGAUAUGUUUAUUUCUAGUUAUCAUGUGUGCACAUGCAUACAGAUUUGUGUUAUAGAUACACGUUCAAAUUUAAGUGCAAAUAAAGCCUUGGCAAAAUGUAUAUAUAUUAAGGAUGAAAAAAAUUCUGUGAAUUUUA